AGUCCAGGCGCUCGCGUCACAGGAAAUGCCUAUACUGCCCUCCUCACUCACUUCCGGUGGCAGAUAAUUGCCUUUGAUGAGUUAAGAACGGAUUUUAAGAGCCCCAUCGACCAGUGCAACCCUGUUCAUGCGAGGGAGCGGCUGAGGAACAUUGAGCGAAUAUGCUUCCUUCUGCGAAAGCUGGUGCUGCCAGAAUACUCCAUCCACAGCCUCUUCUGCGUCAUGUUCCUGUGUGCUCAGGAGUGGCUCACCCUGGGGCUGAAUGUCCCUCUACUUUUCUAUCACUUCUGGAGGUAUUUCCACUGUCCAGCAGACAGCUCUGAGCUCGCCUAUGACCCACCGGUGGUCAUGAACGCAGACACCUUGAGUUACUGUCAGAAGGAGGCGUGGUGUAAGCUGGCCUUCUAUCUCCUCUCCUUCUUCUACUACCUUUACUGCAUGAUCUACACUUUAGUGAGCUCUUAACUCGAAGACCACGCACAUCCACAGAGACUGAGAUGGGAGAGGCCCGAGGCUGUGCAGUCCAUCCUGCUGGUGACGGGAGCAGGGACCAGUGUGGGGAUGUGACAGACAGAGAUGGGCAGAUACUCGGAAUUGAGAGCCGGAAGCAGGCAGCAGCCAGCGGCCGAGCCAGCCCGCUGUCACAUGUAUUUCGCCCUGUGUACCAGCCUUCCGCAUUCGCACCCCACACUUGGCCUGUAGAUCCCUUCUGGGCAGCAGGGGCACGUGGGGUGAUGAAACACGAAACCUCUUCUGAAUGAGAAUUGCUGCUUCCUGAAUCCCCUUUAUUGAAAGUCUCCCUGAAGUUCAUGCUGCGUUCCUGGUCUGUGGGUGUGAUGGCUGGAAGGCUGGAGGGUGCCCUCUGAGGAACUGGGUGACCCAGAAUCAAGGCUGCGUCUGUGGGACCGAUUGAAGAUGGAUGUCAUGGACUUACCUGAGGCUCUUGAGUUUCUUCUAAGUCCUGGCCACGCCCUUCGCUUCAAUGGGAGGGGCCUGGAAGGCGUGCAAACUUGCCUUGGGCUGUAACCAGCCUUGAGUCUGCAAGGGUGUCUGUUUUUCUGCUCUGCUUUGUAAGAGCCCAGUGAUGUUGGGAACUGAGUUUGGGGCGGUAUGUUGGUAAAGAA